AUGGCUUCCAGUGUGCAAGACUCGCCUCUCGUCCAGCAGACAUUUGUUGAGGAAAUAGAUUAUAGUGAAAUACAAGAGCUGUCGGUUGUGGGCAAAGGAGCUUUUGGCGUGGUGUGGAAAGGCUUAUGGCGGAACACGUAUGUCGCAGUGAAACAUAUAAACUCGGAGGCCGAAAAACGCGAAUUCGCGAUAGAAGUUCGUCAGUUAUCUCGCGUGUCGCAUCCAAAUAUCGUAAGACUUUACGGCGCGUGUACAAAAGGUGCCCAUGUCUGUCUAGUAAUGGAAUAUGCUGAAGGUGGUUCACUGUACAAUGUACUUCACAAUAGGCCAAAGCCCAAAUACACUGCAGCACAUGCUAUGAGUUGGGCACUACAGUGUGCUGAGGGUGUUGCAUAUUUACAUUCAAUGAAACCAAAGCCAUUAAUACAUAGAGAUUUGAAACCACCAAAUUUAUUAUUAGUUGGAGGCGGGCAGAGACUCAAAAUAUGUGAUUUUGGAACGGCAGCUGAUAAAGCUACUUAUAUGACAAAUAAUAAAGGUAGUGCUGCUUGGAUGGCACCAGAGGUUUUUGAGGGCUCAUCAUACACCGAGAAGUGUGAUGUAUUUUCAUGGGGAAUUAUUUUGUGGGAAGUAUUAUCUAGAAGAAAGCCGUUUGAAGAAGGAGGAUCUGCAUUUAGAAUUAUGUGGGCGGUACAUACAGGACAAAGGCCAAAUCUUAUUGAAGGCUGUCCUGAACCUAUAGAGCAAUUGAUGACACAAUGCUGGGACAAAGUGCCAGCGGAACGACCAAGCAUGGCGGAAGUGGUGGAAAUCAUGACGGCGCUCUGCGCCUUCUUCCCCGGUGCCGAUACGCCGAUUGAUUACAACGACUGCGAGGAAGACGACGCGGAGUAUUCCGACGAGGACUUCAUGAUGUACGACACCCAGGACAGCUUGGAGACGGAGACGGACAACAUGUCGCAGACCCAAAACUCCCUUCGCUACACGGACGAGACCAGCUCCGACCCGACGGCUUACCGGCAGACGGGCCGGCCCGCGCUCUCGCCCAGGCCGCGCAGCCUCGUCGAGACCCAAGUGAACAGGCUGCAGAACCUCAUCGCGUCGGAGGUCCAGCCGCCGCCCAGGGGGUCGAACGAGCCGGACCUGGCGCGCGUGGGCAACCUCAGGAUCCCGCAGCAGUUCAGGGGCCCCGAAGCAGCGGGCAGGUCGCCGGUGACCAUCAGCCGCACGUCCAGCUCGCCGGUGCCGUCGGACGUGAUGCACCUUCCCAGCGGCGGCAGCACGCCCCAGGACACGCUGCGGAUCGUGCGCAGCCCCAAGAUAUUCGAGAGCCCCUCGCCCAGGCGGCUCUCGCCGAUAGUCAACUACAACAUCGGCAACAUGAACCCGCGGCACAUAGACAUCGAGCAGUACUGGAACAGGGAGGCCGAAAAGACGGCCCGCAGCCCCUCGACGCUUAGCAACACGAACUCGCUGCGGAAGGAGGACCACAACCAGAACUACUGCGAUCGACUGAGCGCCGCCAACAGCCCGGUUGCCACCAGGGAACUAAAUGGGAAGUUGCAGCAGCCGGCGGAUGCACGGUAUCAGUCGCCGUUGCAGAUCGAGGUCGAUUCGGACGCGUGGGAGCUGAACGACCUGCCGCUCGAUUUCGACGGCUACGUUGAAGUCAAGAACAUGGCGGGUUUCGAUAAAUUCAUCCCAGUCGGAAACGCCCGUCGGGACCAACGACCGAACGGCCGCGGUAUUGUUAGACCAGCGAGCGGGCUUGCCUGCUGCUUUCGAAUCGCUUCGUAUCGCCUCGCGUCCGAC